AAAACGACUGUCUUCAUUAGAAUCCUACCGAUACCUUUGAUGCUCGAAAUAUACCACAAACAACAUGGCCUAGGGCUUUCGAAGCAACCUCUGUGGCCAUGGCUAUGAUUUGGGGGUUCAAAAUCUGAAGAAAGUAAUACUUAAGAAAGACAAAACUAACCCUUUGAUUUCAUUUUCGACAUCAUCAACGCUUCUCUCUCUUUCUCUCUCUCUUUCCUUCCCGUUACAUUCAUUCUUCUGGUAUCAAAAUACUCUAUUUCACAGACUUCCAAUACAACUUACGUGCUAGCUUGUUUAGACUGUUGAAGUUCCAUUCAGUCUUUGCUUCUCGCUAUCAUUUCAUAUUCAUAUAUAUGCAAUGCAUUUCACCAAAGUCAUCGCAGCGCUCGUUCUUCUUGUUACCUUAUCCCCCGUCGCUCAUGGAAGAGCGGUAACUCGGAAGGACUUGGAAGACCAUUCAUUUUUCGAAGAACGAUCAGUCUCCGGAAAGCCCAGCUAUGAAGAUCGCCUUACUAUCAGAGCGGCACCUAGAGUGAGGCCUGGGAACAACUCUCCUGGGUCUCAAGGAGGUAAUGGAGCUCCUAGCCAAGGGCCAAACCAAGCCGGUGCAGGUCAAGGAGUUGGUCAAGGGUCUGAUCAAAACUUCCAAGAGCCAGCUCCAGAAUCCCAACCUCCUCCCGUUGUGGAGACAACUCCAACAAAAAGCCCCUCCGAUACCGACACCACCACACCACCCCCGGCAGAGAAAGCAUCCGACUCAACAAAUCCACUUGAUGAAGAUUCCGAUCUUUGUGUAAGGAAGCGAUGCUUAAGCAGAAUUGAUCGCCCGCUCGAUUACGGCGUCGCUCAAAGCAACGGAAACAGGGUGCUUAGUGAGGCUCGCAACUUUAUUGAUGCAGAUCUUCCGAAGCGACCAGUCCCCGAUACUGUCAACGGCUACGUGUUUCAACGAGAUGGCGAGGAUACUUCAGCUAUUCCCGGCUCACCAGCUGUGGUCAGACUUGACCAUGAAAAUAUCUUUGCAGACCCAACGUCUCCAGAUCUCAACUUGGAUACCAACAGCCAAGUCGCUGAUAUCGGUUGGCGAUCCGUUAUAGUACCCCUUCAAAAGAAUGAGGCACCAAACACGGACGUCAAUCGGGCAAAGAUAGACACCAGACAAGGCGUGAUGAUUGCCACGACAAGAGAUAAGUCAGCUGAUGGAAAUAUUCCUGGAGCAGAGGGAAGCGGCAAUCUCGACAACGUUGUACCGAGCCAUGAGCUCAGUUGGCAGUUGUGGCAAAAACAGGUAUCAGCAGAUGGAGGGGAUGUAAGCAGCCUCAGAGUCCUUGUCGCGGAGAGUGUGCAAGGCAGAGGAACGAAAGACACCAUUACAAUGGCUAUCGCAUCGACCGGCCAAACUGUAGAUAUGGGCAUUCAAGGUACGAAAGCCGUUUUCACACCAGAUGCAAGCAACCCAGCAAUGAUGCAGGCAUUCACUGCACUGUGUGGUACCGAUAACAUUAGACCAUUUGGCCAGAUGCUUGCCCAAAAUCAUCGAGAUUUGGGGAAUAAAGUUAUCCAGAAAAUAUCUGUCUAUGGAAAUAGUACGGGCAGAGAUGGAAUCUGUAAACCUCACACUCAGCUGCCAGAGGGGUCUCAGGGGCUGAAUUAUAUGGUAUUAGUACGUCUAAGGAGAGAAAGGAGAAAGAGAGCGUAGGGCUCUCCUAAU